CCGGAUUAAAAAUGAUUAAAAAUUUUGUAAAACAAAUUUUUACAAUACAUUAUUUAGCUAGUUGUGCUCAAGCAAAAAACCGAUAAUAGAAAUCGAUGGUUGUAAUGAUGAAAUGACACAUGUUUGAUUACUUUAUAAAUUUGGGAUGAUGAGAAGAAUUAGAAGGUUGUUUGGAAGAAAGCUUGCAGGUUGCAGCAAAAGUUUGGCUUUACUUUGUUUUAGUGUAGUAGCUGUAUAUUUAUAUUUGAAUAGAUCAAGAAGUCAGUUUGUCUUACAGGGAGUGAAAGAUGUCUGGGAUGCAAAUGGUGUACAGUCAUUGGAAAAAGGUGCAUCGUGUGGUGUUGUAUGUGGAAUAGGACAAAAAUCAUUUUAUGUAAAAACAGGGACUGACAAUACAAUUGGACCAACAAUUUGUUAUAAUGGUAAAAUAAUUAUAAGUCCAGACAACAAUAAUGGAGGAAGAGGCCUUAAUAUGUUGGUUAUUGACAUCCAGAAGAUGGAGGUCACUGAUGUUAAGACUUUUGACACAUAUACUGACGACGCAGCAUUUUUACAAUAUAUGAAGAAAGCACCAAAAAAUGCUGUCAUCCUCUUAGUUACACAUGACGAAAUCACAGAACGAUUGAGCAAUGAAGGCAGACAAUGGUUUAGGUUAAUGGGUAGUUACUUGAUAGACAAUGUUGGCUUUAGAGAUGCCUUUGUACUGGUUGGACAAAUUGGACUGGAACAGAAACAGGCUAUUGAAUUUCAUAAAAAGAGAGAGCAUGGUGGAUACAGCUUACCCAUUGAAAAGAAAGGGUGUUUCUCUCUACCUUUCGGUCCAUUAAGAGAUAUUUCACAAUUUAUACCAAAAGUGACAGAGUAUAAAAUGGUUGUAGAAAAGUUGGACAAAUGUGGAUUGACUACAGAAUGUGGUGGUGAUAAGUUUUCUGUUAUGGUGGAUACUGGUGAUGGUGAUCAGAGGAAACCUACAAUUUGUAUUAAUGGUGAAAUUGUACUGGGUGAAAAGGUGAACCAUGCAGGGAGAGGAUUUAAUGUAGCUGUAUUAAGUUCUGCAGAGAAGAAAGUCUCCACUGUCACAGUGUUUGAUACAUAUGAAAAAGACAGUUCAAGCAUGGAAGUUUUCUUGGAGAAUUUGGUGGAGGGAGACAUUGUUGUUGCUGUUGUUAAUGAUGAUGGCCAGAGAAAGUUGAGUACUCAUGCCAGGGACUUGUAUAAUCAGCUUGGUAGUAGCAUGAUACAGAACCUUAGAUUCCGUGAUGUUUGGUACUUUGUUGGUAAGAAAGGAAUCAAAGGAUUUACUAGCACAGAACAGAUCAGUUUUGCUGGAUAUGAUGGUAGUUGGCCAACAUCUAUGAAGGACUCCUUUUGUUUACCUUAUAACUUAAAAGGUACAGAUAUUCCCCCAACACCUAAAUCAAAGAGAAAUGAGGCCAGAAGAGAAUUUUGUAAGAAGUAUGAUGGCUAUGAACAUUUAUGUGAUCCUGCUGCUGUAGAUGAAACGUUACAAGGUGUUGAGUUAGUAGACAGAAGCCAUGCUAAUGAUGGAAUAUUUAAAGUACCUAUAGUCAUUAUACCAGGAUUAGUGCCACUGUUUAAUAGUGUUAAUCACAAUGCAAUAGUGAGAACCAUGGAAACCACACUGAUGCAACCUGGGAUAAAACCAAAUAUGGUUCUGGUUGCCUAUGAUGAAAAUUUUCCAGAAUAUGGUGAACUUUCAACCUUAUUUGGUUUCCAUAAUAUAAGUGUGAAAGCUAGCACUACCUAUGUAGAUGUAUUAGACAAAGCUAUAGAAGCAGGCUGGGAUUACUUUGAUGUAAAGGACCACAUUAUUAUCAUUGAAGAAGAACUGAUCUUAGCUCCAGAUUUCUUGUCAUUCAUGCAGCAGUGCCUUAAUGUAUUUGACAGUGAUCCUACUAUACUGGCUGUCUCUGGAUGGAAUUACAAUGGUUAUGAUGUCACAUCUGGAGAUAGAGAGGCGGUAUAUAGAGUGGAAGAAUUUCCAGGAUUAGCUUUCAUGUUACGCAGAAACGUUGUAGAGAAAUAUAUGUUAGGAAAACUCUCCAAGUGUUGUCAUAAAAGAGUAUGGGACCAUUGGAUUCUAACUGAUGAAUCAGGGAAUGAGAUAACAGGAGAUGUUAUAGUACCAGAUGUAUCAAGAGUGUUUCAUCAACCAUAUCAAAGUGCCAAAGAUGAAGAUAAACACCUUGUAGAACUGUUCCAGAAACCAAGACUUACUAAUGUAGAAGGUGAUAUGACAUUAAAAAACAUGGAUGAUUUGAGUUCAGAAAAAUAUGAUGCCUUAAUACAAAGUUUUAUUGAAAACAGUGAAGAAUUUUCAUUGGAACAUUUACAGAACUGUAUACAAGACCCAGUGCUAAAAGUACCCGUAGUGGCAGAUUCAAAACCAAACUUUGUUAUAUUUUACCAUCAGACUAAUAAGAAUGACUAUGCUGUGUUAAAGAAGAUAAGUCGUUGCUUUGGAUUAUUUUGGGUAGCAGAUCACCCUCCAAGGAACCAGUUUAGAGGAGUCAUAAGGUUCUAUUAUGAUGACAGAAAUGUUCUUUUAGUUGGAUCUUCAUCCAAGUUUUACAAAUACAAACUAGAAACUAGAUAUUUACUGACUGUUGAUAAUGUUGGGAAGAGCUGAGACAGGCCAAAUAGAGAUACAAGUAGUUGAUACAACGAACAAGUAAUACUGUCAUACAAUUUCUCCUGCUUGCUUUAUACAAAAAAAGAGAAGGAAUUUACCUUAACUUAUCUGAUGCCAAUAUAUUAUGUCAACUACUAUUGUCUGAACCUUAUUAUUUUUAUUUCCAGUUGGUGUAUUCAAUUUAAAAUGAAAAUUGCAUUUCAGGUAGACAGUGUAGGUUUGAAUGACGUACCUGACAUGUCAUCAUAAGGUGAUGAAGUUUACCUUUGUGAUAGUGAUUCUUGUAAGUUAUGUUAAUUGCCAACUGAGAAGCAAAUUUAAUAUCAACAAAAACAUGUUUUAAAAACAGCUUCUAAUCAAGAUUCAAUUGAGAGAACUGUUGAGUUGCAAAAAUAUGAAUAAUGAUGGUCUAUUUUUUAAAAGGAUCAUUAUUAGAAUUAUGUGAACACAAUACCCACUGCAUAAAGUGAAACAGUGUUGAAUAACUAUAUAUUGUUACUUGUCAAACUACACAUACUCAAAACUCAGUUGGGGUACUAUUAUACCCUGUUUACACUAGGCCAUUGUCAACAGGGCAUUCAAGCUUUUAUUUUAAUUGAUAUCGUUUGUAUUUCUUCAGUUUUAUUAUGUUGAAUAUUGAUUUAUUUGUUUAUUAUUAGUGCAAUACUGCUGGUAACUGACAAAAAUGUUGAUUACUUAGUAAUGAUACUAUAGUAGUAUAUGUGUUACUAUGCAUUGAAAUGUUUGAAUAUCAUAUACAAAUAAAACUCAUAUAAGUUCAUAACAUUCCAAAAAAUAUUUGAUGUUUAAUACUGGACUGUAAUUGUUUUAUGUUCAUAAACUUAGUUUGUCAAACAAAUUUCAGUUGUAACGAAACUUUGUCAUGCUAAUAAAUCAAUUACUGGCUUUACAUUUACCUCCACCUUUUGCCACAGUGAAUAUGAUAAAAUAAAUCCUCAUACCACCCCCCUCUAAAGUAAUUAAUUGGAAAAUAAUAAUAAUGUAUACUAUUAAGUGUUAAAUAUUGUAGAAUAGACAACUUUCGAGUUCGAUGCAUUUCCGUCAAAAACUCUGGUUUUAGUGAACAUUAUUUGUGCGUUUAAGGGCAUCGUCACUUCCGUUCCAAUGUUGAGCGAGUGGUUGGAAAACUAUAAUGCUAAAUUGCACGAAUUCGGCAAAUUAAAUUCUCAUAAUUGACAAUCAGCACUGCUGUCAUUAGGGAAUUGUGAUUAAGUACUUACAAAACAAACAUUAUUUCUAGUUUAUCCUGCACAAUGACGAUCACUAAGACACUUGAUGAACGUUAAUAGUGCAGGGAUACAGGCAAUCCCCUCUAUCUGGUAAAUGACGUCAUAAAGGCGCGCAUAAUUGACGAGUUUUUUCCGGUGAAGGAUGAACAAUCCCCUCUAUCUGGUAAAUGACGUCAUAAAGGCGCGCAUAAUUGACGAGUUUUUUCCGGUGAAGGAUGAACUCGAAAGUGGUCUAUUGUUAGAGUGCUUACACAUUGUGUAUUUUGUUAGAGAAUGUACUGACACAUUGUGUAUUCUGUUAGAGAAUGUACUGACACAUAAUGUAUUCUGUUAGAGUAUGUACUGACACAUUGUGUAUUCUGUUAGAGUAUGUACUGACACAUUGUGAAUUCUGUUAGAGUAUGUACUGACACAUUGUGUAUUCUGUUAAGAGUAUGUACUGACACAUUGUGUAUUCUGUUAGAGUAUGUACUGACACAUUGUGUAUUCUGUUAGAGUAUGUACUGACACAUUGUGUAUUCUGUAAGAGUAUGUUCUGACACAUUGUGAAUUCUGUUAAAGUAUGUACUGACACAUUGUGUAUUCAGCUUCUGUAUGAACAUAGUAUUUGUCAUUGAGUGAAUGCUGUUUAGAUGUAAGUAUAGUUAGAGGCAUCUAAAAUGUUAUUUUAAUGGCUAACUAUGAAUGCAGUUGUGUAUAUAGAUUUAUCCCUGUCUGUUGGUACAAAUGUAUUUAAAUUGACAUUUUGAUAGGUUAUGUGUUUAUGUCCAAGUUUGUUUUACCUUUGAUGGCAUUUAAAUGAUAUUAAUCUCUGUAAUAGUCUUUUGCUUUUAAGUUUCAUGCUUCAUCAAUGCAGUUCCUUUUACAGUACAAUACAUUUCUGAAACAAUUUGACAACUGUGACCUACAUUUCAUACUAGAAUUUCUAUGUUGCAAGUGCACCCUACAAAAUGAUAUAACACAGUUCAAUAUCUUUUGAAACAUUAUGUCAUAUAUUUGGGGGUUAAAUGUCAUAUGUUUUAAUUGCUCCAAACUUGGGCUGCCUUCUCAGAAACUCUUGGUGAAGUUUUGAAUGAUAUAUAUUUCACUGCAGAAGAUUUUCCAAUACAUCAACAUGACCUACAUUUGACUAGCUCAUGUAAAGUUUUACAAUUUGGUCCAAGAAUUACUGUUUUACAUAUAGUUUUAUUAAGGCAGAGUAUUUGCCAAAUGAUAUACCUUAUAAAUUAUUGCUGCACAAAUAUAGAGAAACGGUCUCCUUUUAUUCAUGAGAAAUGUCACUUUUCUUUUCUUUUAUAUAAAUUCAAACCUAUGUUCAAAAUAAACAGCAAUUACAGGUGCAUUUAUACUGCUUACAGUACUAGCACACCUAAAAGAAAUAUGAUCAAGGUUAAAUAUUGAGAUUUAACUGCAAUUUAUUAAAAUUGUUUUUGUAACUAAGGAUUUUAUUAGCAUUAAUCUUUUUGUUCUAGCAUUCAUGUCAUAAGGGGAAAAUUUAAUAUGCAAUUAAACAAAGUAUGUUAGUCUUUAUGCAUAACAAAUUUUGCUGUAAGUAUCUUAGAAUAAGAUUUAAAGAUAAUGAAAAGUCUUCACAAAUUCCAUAUAGUCAAGAUUGUGCAAAGUGUCAUGUACACAUUGUGAUAAUGAAAAUAUUGAUUGUAAGAAAAAAGGGGCGUUUCGAUACCAAGGGAAGAAUCAAAAUUAAAGAGUCGAAGAAUAACAAAUCAUGCCAAAAUAUGAAAAAUAACGAAAAGACAAACAACUGUCUACAAACCAUUACAUAAAAAGAUGAAGACUGAGCAACACAAGCAUUUAUUUUUAUGAUAUGCUGUAAAUUCUGAAAUUUUUGUGUUUUUAAUUUUGUAAAACUUCUGUUGCAAAAAUAUAAACUUGCAUUUAAAUUUUUAUAGCAGUGUUUGUAUGAAUCAUUUCCCAUAAUGGCAAUAAUAAAUGAUUGCACACAUUUUUGAAUUUACAGUUUUGGUAAUGUGUGAAGGCAGUUUUCACUAUGUAUAUGUAAAGCUCUGUUAACAUUUAUAUAUUUCAGUAUGAACAAAAAGUCAUGAACAAAAUAUGAAAUCCAAUUAUUUGAUGGAUCAUUAAAUAUACUGAUUCUCAAUAUUGAUAUUAUUGUGCAAUAUAUUAUAGCUUUAAAGUGAACCCGUCUCUUAUAAUAUGAAUCACUGUUUUGCUUCUGUCAUUAUUUGUUUCUUUAGCCGUUUGUAAAAUAUAUCAGAAGAUGAAAAAAGAAUUUGGACCAAUGUGUUUAGAUUGUUUGCUUACAGAAUUAUUUCUGAUCUUAAAUUAUUAUGAUCAUUAUUGUAUUUUGUUUACUUUCUGUCAAAUAUAUACGGAAAACACAAUGUGGGCUACCUUUUAUCAACCACUGGUUGGAUUAUUGGUAUUUGUUUCAUAUCUGAUUUACAUAUUUUGUAUUUAUUAUUGUAAUGUUUCAUGAAGUCUGGAACUUUAAACAACUGUCAUACAAGUUGGAGGUUUAGAUAGCUAUAAAACCAGGUUUAACUCAUCAUUUUCUUCGGGAAAUGCUUUUACCAAGUCAGUAAUUUGACAGUUGUAGUCCACUAGUUCUAAUAAUUAAUAAUGUUUGAUUUUGUCAGUUUUUAUGGACUUCCCCUUUUGGAAUUUACCUUGGAAAAAUAUGAAGAAAAUAAUUUGUAAACUUUUUUUUUAGAACAAAAACUACUUCUUUGAUGGGAGAACUUAUUUAAAUGAUUUUUUUCAAAUAAUGAUUCAAGAUUUAAUUCAAGAGCAAACAUGAAACCAAAUAUAAAAGGCAUAUUGCAUUAAAAGCAACUCUAUUUAGAAAUAUCAUUGCGAGAAUUUUAUAUGAUUAGAAGACAUUGUGUAUUUGGGCCAAAAUUUGAAAACAGAACCUAUUAAUAAAACACACAUGAGUGAAUUGAACUCAGUUCUUUUUAAAACUUUUCGCAGUUCUCUUUUCAUUGGUUAUACUUUUAGCUUAGUUAUAGUUUUCUUUUUUCCUAUAUAUAUAAAGAAAGAUAGAUAGAUAUGCUACUCUCAUAUUUGUUUUUGUUGAGAUAAUUUCCAAUUUUUAGGUUUUUUAUCAUUUAAAUUCUAUUAUAGCUGUUUAAAUCUUAUAAUGCUAUAACUGUGUAAUGUCUUAUUAUAUAGUGAAAGAUGUCCAUGGAAUAUAUACACAAAAAAUAUAAACAUUCUGUGUCAACUUAUACAUGUAUAAAAUGAUUUUUGGAUGCAACCUCAAUUAGACAACGAUCUGACAACACAGACCUCAGAGACUUAUCCAUGUUUCUGAACACUUUUCACAUUUUAUCAUACAAACUUUUUGUUGGCCAAAAUAUUAAUCUUAUAAAAGUAUUUGAAAUAUGGAAUAUCAACGAAUUUUAGAUUGCUUAUGCUUAAGGAAAUGCCAAACAAUGCCAUAAGUAUAAUGGUUUAUUUACAUAAAUUUGCAUAAUUACCUAAAGAACAAAAUUCCUUAAAAAAACUCAAAUACAAAAUGAUGUCUACUGGGGAGAGGCAAUAAAUGAAUAUUUUAAUUAUUUGUAGUCGUGCAGGUAAUGAGCAAGUAUAUAUGUUGAUGUAUUUGUUAAUUUAUUCAAUAGUUUUAUACUGUUAUCAUAUGUAAUUACAAUAAACAUAUUUAAUAAA